AGGGCGAGAGGAAGAGGGCGGGAGCGAGAGAACGAGAGAGAAAGGAGAGGAGGGAGGAGGCGCGCCGCGCCAUGGUGUCCUGCACGGGGCCUGGGCCGGGGCCGGGGCCGGGCUGGGCCGGGCCAUGAGCCGCGCCGGGAGCUGGGACAUGGACGGGCUGCGGGCGGACGGCGGGGCCGCCGGGGCGGCCCCGGCCUCCUCCUCCACCUCCUCCUCUGUGGCAGCAGCGGCGCCGGGCCAGUGUCGCGGCUUCCUCUCGGCGCCAGUGUUCGCCGGGACGCACUCCGGGCGUGCGGCUGCGGCGGCGGCAGCGGCGGCGGCGGCGGCGGCGGCGGCCUCGGGCUUCGCGUACCCGGGGACCUCUGAGCGCGCGGGCUCCGCCUCGUCGUCGUCAUCCUCGGCUGUGGUCGCGGCGCGCCCGGAGGCUCCCUCCGCCAAAGAGUGCCCGGCGCCCGGCGCGGCCGCCGCAGCGCCCCCGGGUGCCCCGGCCCUAGGCUACGGCUACCACUUCGGCAACGGCUACUAUAGCUGCCGCAUGUCGCACGGCGUGGGCUUACAGCAGAAUGCUCUCAAGUCGUCCCCGCACGCCUCGCUGGGAGGCUUCCCGGUGGAGAAGUACAUGGACGUGUCGGGCCUGGCAAGCAGCAGUGUACCGGCCAACGAAGUGCCCGCGCGAGCCAAGGAGGUGUCCUUCUACCAGGGCUACACGAGCCCCUACCAGCAUGUGCCUGGCUAUAUCGACAUGGUGUCUACCUUCGGCUCCGGGGAGCCUCGGCAUGAGGCGUACAUCUCCAUGGAGGGCUACCAGUCCUGGACGCUGGCCAACGGGUGGAACAGCCAGGUGUACUGCGCCAAGGACCAGCCACAGGGCUCCCACUUUUGGAAAUCAUCCUUUCCAGGGGAUGUGGCUCUAAAUCAGCCAGACAUGUGUGUCUACCGUCGGGGGAGGAAGAAGAGGGUGCCCUACACCAAACUGCAGCUCAAAGAACUGGAGAACGAGUAUGCCAUUAACAAGUUCAUUAACAAGGACAAGCGGCGGCGGAUCUCGGCUGCCACGAACCUAUCCGAGAGACAAGUGACCAUUUGGUUUCAGAACCGAAGAGUGAAAGACAAGAAAAUUGUCUCCAAGCUCAAAGACACUGUCUCCUGAUGUGGGCCAGAUUGGCCACAGAGAGUUUAAACGCUUUCAGUUGUCUCCAAAAGACCUUUGGAAAGACUUGAAUAUGUAUUUAAUUCCCCCAUCCCCCUGCCAGUGAUGGCAAAUUUUGUGAAUUGUUUUUCUUUCUUCCCCUUAUCUGGCUCUAAAACCUUUUGCUGCCCAACCUGACUUUGUAGUUCUGUUUUGUACUUGUUUAUUAUUGAUUUUGCUCUUGUCUAGGUUUGUUUUUUAUGGCUUUUUAAUGUUCUGUUUCUCCCUCCAGGCCAGUAUAAAGGACUUGAAGUAUUUUUGAAUACCCCCCCCCAAAUGAAUUUCAGAAGUGCCAUUCUGAUUUUAGGGUUUUAUUUUUUUAAAUCACUUUUUAUGCCUGUUUCCAGCACUGAUUAUCUUCAUAAUCCAUUAAGGCAGAAUGAUCUGCAGUCAUUCACAUCCUGUGAUUAGGUAAUUGAAAUUUUAGCUCUCAGCAGUCGCAUUGAGGCAAAUGGAAACAGCUCUGGGCAAGCAGUUUUCUAGGGUCACUGAGAAAGUCUAAAAACAGAAGGCUGGAGGUUCUGUGAUGGCUUUAAAAGCAGCUACCUUAUUGUAUAGGGUUUGUAUCAAUACUAGAGUGAAGACAAUAUUUCCAACUUUAGGUCUUUCACUUACUGUUGUAUUUUUUACUACACCUUGUAGAUUUGUGCUUUUAUAAUCUUUAAUUUGGAAACAAUGUGUCUUCAUGUGAUGCCUUCAUUUCUCCAGCUCUAGAUGCAGAUAUUUAAAUGGCUGCAGUUGGGAAAGUGACCCAUGAAUGGUAUACAUGCCUCCCCACUCCCUGACCUUUGGUUUGUGGUGUUAGAAAUGAGGCCAUCUCCUCAGUCCCCUGAAAGAGACUGAGUCAAUGUGGCCAUGGGUGGGAAUUUUUAUCCAGAACCCAGUGAAGAACUUGACUGUCUGAACAAAUGUAUUGGGCUCUCCUGGAGCUUUAAAACAUCUAACAAGUGUGAAAAAAUAUGGAGUUCUGAAGUCCAGGAGGGGGAAAAAAAAGGUGUUUCUGAAAGUGAUGAUAAAUAACUACUUUUAAAGUGCUGCAUAUUUAUACAACUGAGAGAUUAUUUUUGUAGAUGCAAUGUCUGUGAGCUGAGAUACAUGGACAGUGCUUCAGGCAUUUAAAAAUCACUUUUUACUCCUAGGGAGAGUCAAAUAAACAGAACUCACUUAUUUCUUCUGAGUCUUUAUACAUUUGUGGGUUUUUUCCCCCCAAGCUCAUGUUGCCUCUAGAAAUUUCUUAUUUAUUAUAAAACCUUGUUAUCCUGAACACUACAGUGCUCUCUACAGAUGAAGGAAACUCAGUAUCAGUUCUGGUCUCUGAAACCUCCAGGCUCUCUGCUUCCAUCACCCCUUCCCCCUCCCUUUCCCCAUGGCUUUAACAUAAAUAGUGAUAUCUUUAAAUGAGGAUAUAAUUUGUGGUGUUUAAAAUUAUAUUUUUUAACCAGACCACCUCAAAAAAACUCCAAUAAAAUUCUACUUCUCUUUCAAAAAAAAUUCAGCUCAUGCGAAUAGUUUCUUUUCUUUUCUUUUUUUUUAACCAAUAUGUAUGUCUGUGCUGGGUAUUGGAAAACGUGCUCACUUGGAGGUUUUCUUCCUAGAAAGGCCAUUAUAAAUAUCUACUCUAGGAAGGUCUUGAAAUUAGUCAUAUCCAUAUUUGGAAACUGAAAAAGAAACAUUUCAGGCUUAUCUAUAGAGACUUCUCCCGGCAGCCUGCACACAGCAGUUGCGGACUGAAACCAUAAUUAUACACCCUAAACCUGUAGAUGCAAUUUUUAGGCACUACGAACUUUCUUUUGAGGGCUUUUUGCCACUCAUAGAAAUGGCCGCUGAGGAACCGGGUGCCUUGUCCUUGUCAGCGCCCGGGCACAGUGAAUUCAACGGCGGCUACCUUUUGGGCAUGUGAGUUAAACACAGAUGUAUUAAAACCUCACACAGUACCUAAACUCUUCUGGCGGGAGGAUUCCCUUAUGCAUCUGCCAGAGAAAG